GCGCAUGCAAACAAAGAGGAAGCGCGUGUGUUUGACUUAAAGGGGAAUGCUCUGUGUUGUGAGCACAAUUGUUCCCUUUGCAACGCCUUUUCACACAAAAAAAGAAGAAAAUCAGAACUAGGACAAAAAAAAGAAAACAAAUACCAAGGAGAAAUCACUUUGCCCUGUGUAAGAUGCCCCGCCUUCCAAUGUAACCUGGAUGCAUGGGCUCGGCUUCUGCAAGGCAGCAAGAACCCUGUGCAGGACCUUUCGUCUGUGCCUGAUACAAAGCACGCUUCCACUCCUGCAGCACUGUCGCCCUGUAAUCCACGCUUGGGGCUUUGCUUUGUCAGCAAAACAUCCAUCGAGACACUUCAGUCUCUCAUCUCCAUCUUUCCUUGCUGUCUCUCGGGCCACGUGGCAGGACGACCGGCCGAGCAUGGCCGAGCAGAGAUACUGCGUGGAGUACGCCAAGCGUGGCCAGGCAGGCUGCAAAAAAUGCAAGGAGAAAAUCGUAAAGGGGCUGGUGCGCAUCGGGAAGAUCGUGCCCAACCCGUUCAGCGAGUCUGCAGGAGAGAUGAAGGAGUGGUAUCACGUGAAGUGCAUCUUCGAGAAGCUGGAGCGUGCUCGGGCCACCACCAAGAAGAUCGAGGACAUUACUGACCUGGAGGGCUGGGAGGAAUUGCAAGAUGAGGAAAAGGAGCUGAUAAAUAAGCUUGUAGCAGACCUGACUGCCAAGGCUAACGCAAGUCCAAAGAAGAAGGUGCAAGCCAAGUUAAACACCAGCGGCCAGAUAACAAGUCCUCCUGCUGAUCCGACGGUGAACGCGCCACGCAAGUUUUCCGGCUUCACAGCAACAAAGGCAGGUCCGUCCUCAUCGCGUCCAGGCCCGUCUCCUGCUAAAGCCUCUCAGGGCAGCGCUCUGUCCGCUCAGUUUUGCCAGCCCGACCAUAAGGACUGCCUGUUCCGCGAGUUCCGCAAGCUCUGCGCCAUGGUGGCCGAGAAAUCCAGCUACAACGCCAAGACCGAGAUCAUCAGGGACUUCCUAAAGAAGGGUUGUGGUGGAGACAAGUUUAAGGGAGAUCUCUACCUCACAGUGAAGCUGCUCCUCCCAGGCGUAGUGAAAAGCGUUUACAACCUCAACGACAAGCAAAUCGUCAAACUCUUCAGCCGCAUCCUGAACUGCAACCAGGACGAGAUGGUGUGCGACCUAGCACAGGGAGACGUUUCCGAGACAGUGAGGAUGUUUUUUGAAGCCAGCAAGUCGUUUCCUCCUUCAACCAAGAGUCUGCUGACCAUCCAGGAAGUGGACGCUUCGCUAACCCGCCUGGCUCAGCUCACUAAAGAAGAUGAGCAGCAGGCAGAACUGGAGGCCAUCGCGAAAAAAUGCACAGGGAAUGACUUGAAGUGUUACAUCCGGCUGGUGAAACAUGACCUGAAGAUUAAUUCUGGUGCCAAACACGUCCUGGAUGCUUUAGACCCCAACGCCUACGACGCCUUCAAAGCCUCUCGAAACCUUGGCGACGUGGUUGACAGAGUCAUACGCAAUCAGCAGGAGGCAACGAACGGCGGCGGCCCGAGGAAGCUCCUGAGUGUCGAGGCUACACUUAUGACCCCUGUGCAGCCCAUGCUGGCAGAAGCCUGCAAGUCCAUUGAGUACGCCAUGAAGAAAUGCCCUAAUGGAAUGUACUCGGAGAUCAAGUACGACGGCGAGCGCGUGCAAGUGCACAAGAACGGAGACCACUUCAGCUACUUCAGCCGCAGCCUCAAACCCGUGCUGCCUCACAAGGUGGCCCAUUUUAAAGAGUAUAUACCUCAGGCUUUUGCUGGAGGCCACAGCAUGAUUCUAGACGCUGAAGUUCUCCUGAUUGAUACCAAGACCAGUAAGCCUCUGCCAUUCGGGACAUUAGGAGUUCACAAAAAAGCGGCCUUUCAAGACGCACAAGUGUGCCUGUUUGUUUUUGACUGCAUUUAUUUUAAUGGUGUCAGCCUCAUGGACAAGCCGCUUUGCGAGAGAAGAAAAUUCCUUCAUGAUAACAUGGUGGAAGUUCCGAACAGGAUUCUGUUUUCGGAGAUGAAACACGUCACAAAAGCUGCUGACCUGGCUGAAAUGAUCACGCGAGUCAUCAGAGAGGGAUUGGAGGGACUGGUUCUGAAAGACGUCAAGGGGCCAUAUGAACCUGGUAAACGCCACUGGCUGAAGGUGAAGAAAGACUACCUGAAUGAAGGAGCAAUGGCAGACACUGCAGAUUUAGUGGUUUUGGGGGCGUUUUAUGGAACCGGCUCAAAAGGUGGAAUCAUGUCCAGUUUCCUCAUGGGCUGCUACGAUCCGGCGUCGAAGAAAUGGUGCACAGUGACAAAAUGCUCCGGAGGCUACGACGACGCCACGCUAGCCAGACUGCAGAAGGAGCUGGACGUCAUUAAAAUUGGCAAGGAUCCCAGCAAGAUCCCACCAUGGCUAAACAUAAUCAAGAACUACUAUCCGGAUUUUCUCAUCCGAGAUCCUGAGAAAGCCCCAGUUUGGGAGAUCACAGGAGCCGAGUUCUCCAAGUCGGAAAUGCACACAGCCGACGGCAUCUCCAUCCGUUUCCCACGAUGCACUCGUAUGCGUGACGAUAAGGACUGGAAGACGGCCACCAACCUUCCCCAGCUCAAGGAACUUUACCGUAUCUCGAAGGAGAGGUGCGACUUCGAGGUGACAGCAGGGCCGUCUACAAGCAGCAAAGACGACAAGGGCUCAUCAGGAGCAGACAGCGGAGGCAGCUCACCGUCCACCUCCAAUGGAGCAGCAAGCUCAAACAAAGCCAAAAAUGGUCACACUCCAAAGCCAAAGCCGGUGAAACCUUCAACUCCAUCCGCUGCCAAGAGGAAGCUGCCCACUGAGCGACACGACGCAAAGAAGAUUAAGGUCGAAACAGUUCACAGCAACGGGCAAAGCAAAGCAAAAGCUUCUCCGGCUAAGGCAGCUGACCCACAGCCUGAAAAGACCCUGCUAAACAUCUUCACCGGAGUAAAGCUGCACCUCCCGGAAUCGGUGCAGGAGUUUGAGAAGCUGCGGCGAUACUUUUUGGCGUACGAUGGCGAUCUCGUUCCGGAUUACGACGCUGCCUCCGCAACACACACGUUAGCCGAGCCCGAGGAGGGCAGCCGGGUCCAGAAAGUCAGCUCCAACUGGAUCUGGCAGUGCAUAAGGAAAAGAAGAGUGGUUCCCCCCUGCUGAAAGACAGAACCGCCCUGACGGGGCAGCGUGCUGCUUUUGAAAACAUUUCUUGCGUAAUAAAAAGUGGCCUUCAGACCUUCAGACAACUGAAAAUAUUGUUGACCGUAACACAACAUGUGUUCAUUCAGGACAAACUUUAUGAACUUGUGGCAGUUUACUUUUGAAAUGGUAUGUCUCAACAAGGCCGCGUUUACAUUUUUUUUUUCUAAACACUUUACCAUGGUGUGGUAUAUCAAUAGCAACAUCGGCUUUCCAGUACUUCCAAAUCAGAUCAGUUUCAUGUUUUGUUGUUUUUGUUUUUUUUUUAUUUGCAGCAGAAGCCAUCACUGAUCUCUUGUACAUAGAAGCCAUCACUGAUCUCUUGUACAUCUCUUGGAUAGAGUAGGUCGAAGUUCUUGGAUCACGAUGUUAUGCAGAAGCUCAGUCUUUGAGCACGUCAUGUGCUGAAUGUCAUUUUAUAGAAAAAGAAACUGGCUUUCUAGAAUAAGAGACAACGUAGCUUGCCUAUGCAAAGCAGAACACACACCUGGGCCCUGUCCUUCGUACGUGGAUUAUUUAAUAAAUUAGCUAGAUUGUAUUGUUGACGAUUCGACACGAUAAUGGAUUUGAUCAUUCAACAAGACCGGCUCGGGAGCAGGCUAAAGUCGGGUUUACGCUGAAUAGUUUUCAGCUCGAUUUUUUUAAAUUUACGGUACGGACGUUCCUAUGAACGUCUACGGAUAGACAUUUUAAACUAAAGAGUUACGUGUGGGAAUGUCCAGUCAUCUCAAACAACUCAAUCUGGCUAAACUAAUCAUGUCCUCAGGUGCAUUUGUCCAGCCUGUUUCAAAUGAUCAGGAUUAGUAAAUCCCACUUACGCUGUCUUAUCUUAGAUUUGCUAAGCGACGUACUAAGAAUGGAGUCCUGUUUGAAGUGGAUAUGAUUUUUAUACACUAAAAAAAAAACGUUAACCUAACACAAUGCAGUGCAUUACGAUGCAUUACAGUGCAUGAAGUGUUUAGUGCUGUAUCAGUUAAGAUAAUAGUGGGAGGGAAGUUGAUUUGACAUAUUUUUUAAACAAAUAAAAAAAAAAAAAAACGAGAGAGAAGCAGUUUUUGGAAAAAUGUGCAGUAUUACACAAUAGGUCAAAUUAUAAAGACACCAACAUAAAGCAAUAAAAGUCUGGGACUGUCCUAAAUAUGAACGCAAAACAAAUGGUCAUAUCACGUUUCAGGUGCAGAUUAGAGUUAACAUUUUUAAUGCUUAUUUACAACGAAACCAUCUGUUGAAAUAUUUCAUGUUUUUUUUUUUUGUUUUGUUUUGUUU